UGGGUGGAGCUUAGUAGGGGGAGAGGGAAGAAGUGUAAAGGGAGUGAGAAAAGAGGGAGAAGUGUGUGCUAAGAAUUAGAGACAGGGUGGGGACACACUUUUUUACACAUUCCCAAGCAGCGGCUGCGCCGAGACUUUAAGAGCUUCCAGUUUUCACAGGGUCACAAUGUUGGUGCUGGUAGGGAUCGUCGGUUUGCACAUAACCACCAUCAUCCUGCUCCUGGUGGCCACUAUUGAUAACGGCUGGUGGAUCAACCAAACUGAAUACAUGGACCUGUGGGGGAAGUGGAGCUUAGUAAACUCAGACUGGCGUUACAGUGAGCUAAAGGAUUACACAGAUCAAGAAUCAGAUUUCCUCCAGGUAGUAGAGGCCACCUCGGUUCUGGCGUGUGUUUUCACCAUCUUAGCCCUGAUAGUGUUUGUGGCCCAGCUGUUUACCCUGCCCAAAGGCCACAGGUUCAUCUUCACCGGCAUCUUACAGCUAAUUGCCUGCCUGUGUAUAAUGACAGCCGCCUCCGUUUACACAGCGCAGCUUCACACCACCGACACACAGGGAGGGUACGGCCACUGCUACGUCUUGGCGUGGAUCUCCUUCGUCUUCACCCUCAUUCUCACCAUCACCUUCGUCGUCCUGCGGAAGAGGACCGAGUGAAGGAGCGGGUGAAGGAGCGAUGAGGAGGAGGGUGGGGUCCAUGUUCCUCUGCUGCCAGGCUAAGGAGUCCUGUUAAUCGUUUUAAAUCCUGUCAGCUUGAUCCGCAGUAGGGAAAGUGUUAAUGCUAACGAGCCAAUUGUUUUGUUUGGAUUUGAAUAAAUUGGAAUGAGGAGAGCUUCCAUCUGUGUAACCAAACCAAUUAGUUAUUUAUCUCUAGGCUGUAGCAACCUGUAGGUUUAAAAAGUGAGUCCAGACAUUAUCCGUAUUUAAAGGAAUAGUUUGUGUGAAAUGUUUUUGGGUAGAUUUCCACCAGGCUCAGUCCCUGUUUGGCUCAUUUUACUUGAUAGAGGGUUAAAGAAUAAAAAAAAAGGAAUUGGUAGAGUUCCAGUCAGAAAUGAACAUAUUCUCCUAUUAGGCAUAAAUUUGAGGGUGAAUUGUUUUUUUUUUUGUUUUGUUUUUUUUAAGAAUGCUUUUAAAGAAUAAUAACUGAGAGAACUUAGAAUCUAUCCUUAAUCUUCUUUGAUCCAGUUUAUGCUGGCAGCCUAAAAUGUCGAAGAGAAAACACACAUGUUGAAGCCUUAGCAUAACUCAGGCUAAAUAUUCAACCCGUUUCUCAGAAGUGAAUAGAGCUCAGUUAAAGCCAACAGGUCUGUGAUCCCAGUAUGUCAGCCUGCUUGGGACACAUAACUAUCCAGAUAUCAACCAUGCAGUCAUUGACUUAAGAUGAGGUUGAAGUGGAUGAACGUUAUUUCAUCAACUUUGUGCGACCUGUUAACAGUAGUGCUACCAACAGCAAUCCGCAGCAUAAUGCUGCCCCCACCUUGCUUUACAGUCUGUACAGCACUAAAUCCUUGUCCUCUCUGGUCCUAUAACCUGUCUCUAGAGUACAUCUUUUAAUCUGUCUAUUUUAUUAUUUUUUUUCUGAGCACCCAUUCAGCCCCUUAACCCAGGUUUUCUAGUCUACACUAGCUUGAGUUUUGGUGGUUUCUGGGUUCUUCCUGAACCUCUGAACCCGUACAUUUGAUGGCAGAUACUGGGACUCUAACACAAUCCAGCAGGUGAGCAAGAUAUGUGGUCUAUGCUUGGAAAUCAAGCAGCUGAAGAUAAUUCCGUUGAUAAUUGCAGUAUUUUUAUUUUAUUUUUUUACCCUGUUUAGAUUAGAGAAACUAAAAGUAAUACUGCUGAAGUCAUACAAUGAUUUAUUCCACCCUGAAAAACAGACGCUCAAUGCAUUAUAAAAGCCCCAAAUCAGUAUGAAAGGCACGGCCAUUAUGAUUGGACUCCACUUAUGACUGAAGCUAUAAAGACGGUUGACACCUGCCAUAUUUCAUUUAAAUUAGUAAAAAAAAAAAAAAUCUUUUUUUGAUGUGACAACACAGGGUAUGACGCUUUGAUUCGAUUAGCUUAGUGUAAAUCUUGCAUAACGGUUUAAAACUUCUGUCCCAUCAAAAUGACUGAACAGCAAUCAAUGUCUAAACUGCUGGCAAACCAAAGUGAGCACACACCUCAGUGAAAAUAGAAAGUGUUCAUAUUUAGUUACUCCUCAAUAGAGUUUCAUAGGUUGGUGAUCAACUGCCCCUCUGAAGACAUGAUGAAGCCUGUGGAUAUCAGAGAACUUCUCAUCUUUCUGUUGGAGGAUUUUCCAUAGAUAUCAACUGAGUUAUGAACUGGAGACACGUUUGGUCAGUCAAUAUCUUUACCCUCAGAUUCUUCAGGAAGGCAGCAGUCUUCUUGGAGGUGUGUUUGGGGUCUUUAUCGUGUUAGACGACUGCCCUGCUACCCAGAUCAUGCUCAUUAAUACUUCGACCAUCGUGCUUCACUCUAGGAAAGACACACUAAUCUUUGUGGUCCUCGCUUGGCUGCUGCCACAAAUGCUCGACUCUCUGCUGCACUAAUCUAUCUUCUUAGUCUGCUGACCUUCAGCAAACCGUUAACAGGCUUAAUCUUUUUAAGAUCCCUCUUUCUAGGAUGAGAGCCAUACAGACCAAUAUGAUGAAAGAAGCUACAACUAUUGACUGUUGAUCAGCGUUCAUUCACAAACACAUGAAGAUCUACCUCAUCCCACCCUCUCCUCAACUGUGAGAGAGGUGACCAGCACAAGUCGGCCAAUCACGUUAGAUUAUUUUGAUUUAGGGUGACAUACAGCUCUGUAGGAAGCAAAAGCUCACAUCUGUUUAGUCAGAAUUGUCACUUUAAUCAUUAAAAGAGGAACGGUAAGAAGCGAUUUGUGCAUUGGUGUAGAACUGAAGCGAGAGGACGAGGCUUGCCAGGUUAUAGGUCAGCUUUGGAGAGGAACUAAUCUUUCUUAGCUAUAAGGUAUAUAUAAAUAUAUAUAUAUAUAUAUAUAUAUAUAUAUAUAUGGCUAUAAAUGCCAUGUUGAACUUCCAGUAAACUUAGUGUAAGCUUUUCCCCAUUCUCACCAGACCCGUUAAAUUAACAAAAAAACAGCUAAAUUAUUUUUAGGGGACAGAAAAUCCACACAAUUAUGCUUUCCAUUAAAUUGUAGCGUCAUACCUUCAGUAUUGUCCAAUGAAAAAAUAUAUACACUUUGUAAAAAUGUUAGCGGUGUGCUGACUUUAGUGAGAUCCUGUAUGUCCAGGUUUAAUUUCAGCGGUUGGCAGCACAGAGAAAUGUGCGCAGCUUCUUCGCUCUCGUCUGCUGCUGAGCUAAAAACUAACUCGGAGUAAAACAGUUCUGCUGUGGUAGAUGCGUGCCUUCAGAAGAAGCUCCUGUGAUGAUACUGUACUGAGAUAAAAUAGUUCAUCAUGUGAUCGGUAGUGGUGUUACUGCUGCCCUUUAUCUGAAGGGGUGCCGCCAUUCGCCAGAGCAGCAAUACUGAUGAACACUAAUGGAAACAAAAGCCUUAUUUCAUUGUACGUUUAUUAAUUUCUCUUUAUUUUACUCAUAUGGUAUGUAUACCCUCUUAGUCUAUGUACAAUAUAACCAACUAUUUUUGUAGAUGUUUGUAUUCAGUUUGCUUUUUUUAAGCUGUAUUUUGUUUUCUGUCUGUAGCCGGCUGCUAUCUGAUGUAAAGUACAUUUGUACAAGUGAACCUUAAAACAAUCCAGGGAUGAAGGGUGGAAGCGUUACAUUCUACCAUUGACAGAACUAUGCAUUAGACAGUUUGUUUGUAUUUACAUUGGAAUCUAAGCCAUGUCUUUUACUAAUAAACUCUAUUCAAACUUA